AAAGUAAAAGUGUGUCACUCGGAAGUUCCUAACGGGCGAGACCAGCGAAUGAAUUGCUGUGAUAAGAUAGUGUUAGGCGUCAGGCCCUAGUACUAGAAUCUAGAUAAUCUAAGAUCCUGUUGUCACUACCGCUGCCAUUUGUGUUUUGUGACCUCAGCACUCGAUAGGACCAAACGCAUAGCUCCAGGUUCUGACAUGGAUUCUCCUGCUGUCAAGAUCACCCAUGUUAUUUUUGACGUCGAUGGGCUUAUCAUUGACACAGAAAGAGUGUACACUGAGUGUUUGGAAGAAAUCUGUGCAGAGUAUGGAUGUGAAUUUACUUGGGAGAUCAAGUCUCAGCAGAUGGGCAAAAAGGAACGAGAAGCGGCUCAAGUGCUUAUUGAUGCCUUGAAAAUUCCAAUGACUGUCGAUGAAUAUGUCCACAAGCUGAAAGCAAGACUGGAGGUGAAAUUGCCAUCUGUACCAUUGAUGCCAGGAGCAGAGAAGCUGAUCCGUCAUCUCCACAACAACAACAUACCCAUUGCCCUGGCGUCAGGGUCGGACGGCUGGGGCUUCAAGCGCAAGACAGCGGGGCACAAAGAGUUGUUUGCCCUUUUCCACCACACAGUACUCAGUAGCGACGACCCAGAUGUGAAGCAUGGGAAACCAGCCCCAGACUGCUUCCUCGUGGCUGCCAAACGGUUUGGAGACGAUCCUAACCCUGCUGAGAUCCUGGUGUUUGAAGAUGCCCCCAACGGCGCUGAAGCAGGUGUUGCGGCCGGCAUGCACGUGGUGUGGGUUCCAGACCCUCGUGCUGACCGCACAGUGCUCCAGGACCGCGUGGACCAAACACUAGACUCGUUGGAGCAGUUCCGGCCCGAGCGGUUUGGCCUUCCUGCAUACAGUGAGAGUGUAUGAUGGUCACAGAGAGAGUACCAGAACCCGUAUAUAUAAUAUAUAUAUAUUAUAAAUAUAUAUAUAUAUAUAUAUAUAUAGAGAGAGAGAGAGAGAGAGAUCGUCCAGAAUAUAGGAUUAUAAAGAUGAGAGUGUGUGAUUUUAUCAGCAAGAAUAUAUAACUGUAAAGAUGGGAGUUUAUGAUUUAAUCAGCGAGAAUAUAUGAUUGCAGAGUUGAGAGUAUGUGAUUUUUAGCAGCAAAAAAAAUAUGAUUGUUGUGGUGAAAAUAUGAUUUUAUCAGCAACAACGUGGAUGAUUGUAAUGAUGAGGGUAUUAUGAUUUUAACGACAAGAAUAAACCGUGAAAGUAUAUGUUAUAUGAUUUUAACAGUAAGAGUAUAUCAUUCGUGUCUCAAGCAAUCUGUUUAAGUCCAUUUGGGUACAAAAAAUAGUUGUCGUGCUGCUCCAAUCAGGAAUUAUGAAAAGCAAGAAAAUUGUGAACCUUGACUAUAGCAUUAAACUGCAUUUUGGUAAUGUUAAAAAGUACAUCCUUGAUAGAGCUUUGAGAGGGUGUGAAAAUGGAAAAUUAAAAUUUGGACUUAACUGGAUUGCUUGGUACAGCGACGAUAUGAUUGUAACAGUGAGAGUAUAUAUAUGAUGGUUAUGUCGAGAGUAUGUUGCAGAGAGAGAGAGAGUAAUAAUGUGCCACCAAUUUUUAUUGUUUUGUUGAUACUUUACAGGAGUUUUACAGGUUGUUACGUUGCUAUUGUACUCAUUGUACUUAGUGGUGUCGGUGGUCUAGUCGUUAGGCUACCGGACUCGUAAUCGUGAGGUUGCGAGGUCGGGGGUUCGA